AUGGCUUCUGAAGAGGCAGCGAUCACCAUGGUGAACUACUAUACCACAGCAACGCCUCACGUCCGCAACCAGCCCGUCUACAUCCAGUACUCCAACCACCGCGAGCUCAAGACUGACAACCUGCCCAAUCAGGGGGUGAGUACAGUCUAACCUGACCAAUCAGGGGCUGAGUACAGUCCAACCUGACCAAUCAGGUGCUGAGUAGAGUCCAACCUGACCAUUCAGGGGCUGAGUACAGUCCAACCUGACCAAUCAGGUGCUGAGUAGAGUCCAACCUGACCAAUCAGGGGCUCAGUACAGUCCAUCCUGAACAAUCAGGGGCUGAGUACAUUUACAUCAUUUAGCAGACGCUCUUAUCCAGAGCGACUUACAAAUUGGUGCAUUCAACUUAUGAUAGCCAGUGGGACAACCACCUUUAUUUUAAAAAAAAAAUGUUUAAAUUUUUUUUUAAGAUGUCGUGGUGGGUGGAAGAAAAGGAUGACUUUAUACUAUUCAAGGUAUUCACUUAAAGAGGUAGCGGUUAAGUGUGUCCGGAAGGUGGUCAGUGAUCGCUGCUGGCGUCGUGGGGGAGUACAGUCCACAAACACACUGAGUCCAACUUCGCUUAUGAUAAAAAUAUCGUAUAUGGGAUAUUCAUCUUAUAUACUAAUUUAUAUUAGAAAAACUAUGGAGGGGUAUUGAAGGCUUUGUUUUUGGAGAGGAUAGGGCAGGAAAAGACGAGGAAAAAAGGGGAUAGCGGCCGGGAAAAUAAAAAAAAAGAGAGAAGUUUUCUGAUUUCUUCUCUCUAUUCCUUGUUCUUCUCUCUCUCUCUGUCGCCCCUUUCUCUCUUCUCUAUUCUUCCCCUUCUUCUCUCUCUCUCUUCUCUCUGUCUCUUCUUCUAUCCUUUUUCUAGUUUUUUUUUUUCUCUCUUCUCCCUUCUUUAUCUCUUUCUAUUGUUCGGGUUUUCUUCUUGGAAAAAAAUUUUUUUUUUUUUUAUUUUUUUUUUCUCCUUUUUCCCCCGGGCCCCCCCUUUCUUCCCCCGUUUUGUUUUUUCCCCGGUCCUAUUCCCUAUGGGCAUGGUCAAAGUAGUGCGCUACUACUGUAGAUUAUAGGGUGCCAUUUGGGCCAGAUAGUGUGUGAUAUGACCAUUCCAGAAGCAGACUUGUCCAGUCCACAGUCUGCUGAUUCUAGCCAGCACUAAUCUACUGUAAAGUAUCAUGUUACAACAACACUCUUUCGUAUUCCGAAGAAUCAACACGAUGGAAUCUAGUAAUAGCUAAAUGUCAUAGUAUGCGUAAUGUAGAUUAGAUUUGAGAUGAUAAGAAGUGAUUAUCUUGAUGGAAACGAUGCUCCGUACUUAUAGUCAUGUAUAGCUAACUAAGAGUUAUAGGAGAUGAGUGAGUAUAGAGAGUAUGAGAUAGAGAGAGAUGGGAGAGAGAGAGGGUAGAGCAAGAAGAUAUCGGAUAGAGAGAGAGUAGAGAGAGAGAGAGAGAGACGAGAGAGAGAGAGAGAGAGAGAGAGAGAGAGGAGAGAGUAUAGAAGAGAUAGUGAGAGGGAUGAUAGAAGAGAGAUAGGAUGAUAGAUGAGAGGCGAGAGUAGAGAGCUAGAGCAGAGAGUAGAGUAGUAUAUAUAUUAUAUAUUCAGAUCUGCAUCGAUCUUCUAUCAUAUCUAUCAGAUACUCUGCUCUUUUCGUCUAUCCAUCUCUCCUCUUCUAUCUCUGUCUACUCUAUCUCUCUUUAUCUCUGUAUCUCUGUCUCCUCUCUUCUGUCUCUCUCUCUCUGUCUCUCUCUCUGUCUCUCUCUCUCUCUCUCUCUCUCUCUCUUCUCUUGUCUCUCUGUCUCUCUCUCUCUCCGCAUUAUGACAAUAAGUUAUUGUAUAUCAUAUGAUUAUUGUUUGUUUCUCUCUUUCCCCAACAGAGAGCUCAGGCAGCAUUGCAGGCGGUCAACGCAGUGCAUUCUGGGAACAUGGCGUUAGGCGGUUCAGCAUCGGGCAGUGAUGGAACCUUGAUGCCAGGACAGAGCCCCGUGCUGCGUAUCAUCGUAGAAAACCUCUUCUACCCUGUAUCACUGGAGGUCCUACACCAGGUAACCCUGACAUAUAACCCCUAACCUCUUCUACCCUGUAUCACUGGAGGUCCUACACCAGGUAACCCUGACCUAUAACCCCUAACCUCUUCUACCCUGUAUCACUGGAGGUCCUACACCAGGUAACCCUGACCUAUAACCCCUAACCUCUUCUACCCUGUAUCACUGGAGGUCCUACACCAGGUAACCCUGACCUCUAUGGCUCUAUCUCAAUAGUCCCUGCCCUCUGACCUUCUCCAAUGUGCUUUGAGAAGGAGAUGUGGAGAGAGGAAUCAAGGAAAGAUGAAUUGAGAGGAGCCCAGGUCAUAACACAGAAUACUGAAAUGAGAGUAUGGCGCUAAGUAGUCAAAGAGACAUGUUUAUAUGAACUGGGUUGUGUUUUUGCCUCCAUAGAUCUUCUCUAAGUUCGGGACAGUCUUGAAGAUCAUCACUUUCACCAAGAACAACCAGUUCCAGGCCUUGCUACAAUAUGCUGACCCAAUGAAUGCCCACCACGCCAAAGUGGUACGUACUGACCCUAUAACUGCCCACCACACCAGUGGUACGUACCUCCUCACAUGGGGUUGAAAUGGCUAGGCUAGGUCUUUGGCUAGGUCUUUGGCUAGGUCUUUGGCUAGGUCUUUGGCUAUGUCUUUGGCUAGGUCUUUGGAAAGAGUCACGAAGCAGUCAGAAGAGGCAGGAGAGUGUAUAACAAAGAUCUACAGUCUGUCUAUUUCUGUCCCGAUGUGUUUUUGAUAAAAAAUAAUAUCAGAUAUAUUCCCUCUCAGCUCAGUUUAGCCCAGAUAAAUCUUGGUCCCCAUUGCAACCCUUGGUUCUAUAAUCCUAAACCUAGCCUGAUGGUCUUUUCUUCAAUACAUCCCAAUACAACCCCAACCAUGCUGUAAACCUGAGCUUAAAGCAUACCCAAACACGCUUCAGCCUAGCUUGAACAUAAAUGGAAUCAGGGACUUGAUCAUCUGAAAAAGCAUUCCUUACCCCAGGGCACUUCAACAGGUCACUAUCCCAACAGGGACUUGAUCAUCUGAAAAAGCUUUCCUUACCCCAGGACACUUCAACAGGUCGCUAUCCCAAAAUAAGAAAAAGGAGCACACGGUUUCUGCAUAGAUCUUUGUUUAUUCACAGGGCAAACAUACAGGCUAAACAUGCUGUCUAGCUCCCAUGUGGUAGGAGGAGGAGAGGUUGGACGAUGUGUUUUACUGCCUGGCCUCCUCCAUCUCCGUGCUAUAGCUGGCUGCCUGUAGCUAGAGCCAACAAAUCUCAAAUCACACACACCAGCCACCAGUGUUGUAGUCGAGUCACUAAACCUCAAGUCCAAGUCGAGUCACGAGUCCCUAUGGCUGAUGUCUGAGUCGAGUCCAAGUCCGAGUCACCAAUGGUCGAGUCACAAGUCCAUCAAUUUAUAAUAGGUCUUAUUAUGCAGUUGUUUCUAGUCGCCACCAGAUGGCAGUAUAUCACCACUCCCUCAUGAAAAGACCCAACUAAUUUACUAUCCAUCACUACCGCACAAGUUCUACUCAAUACCUCUGUUACUUAUUUACUACAUAGAUGAAUGGUAAGUCAGGCUCUCAGAUACUUUUUUGUAAUCGCCCACUGACAUUUUUUUAUUGCAGAGUGAAAACUAAAGGGAGACUUGUCAGAACCUGGCUAUAGGAUGCACGGGGGGAAAGUGGGAGAAGGGUAGAGCGAGACGACGUUCAAAGACAGCCUACUUUUCUGUCCUCAAAGAGAGAGAGACAAAUAGCUAGUGUUGUUGACUAUUAAACUCAAUACUAGUGUUUUACUUUUCGUAAAGCAGUUUGUGUUUCUUAACCAGGCAAAGCUAAAUAGUAGGCUGGUCGUUACGGGGAAGCAAGAGAGUCACUUGCCGGGUGUGGCGCGUCCUUCCCACUGCUAGAGAACAGAACCCUCGCUGCUCUGCGCACCCAGUGCUGCUUAUAUUCUGCUUAUCAUAGUAGCCUAUCCAGUCCAGGUGAAAAUAUAAGUCACGAGAAGGCCAGUCCGAGUCAGGCUGCUUGUCAGCCUUCGUCGUUUCGGUUGCGUUAGCCAUCUUACUUAUUGCCAAAGCCAGGCCAAGCAAUUCGAAUAAUUCAUGUUUGUGAUUAGGAAACUUAUUAGAACCAAACAAACUUCAGCACACAAUGUCCAGGGGAUGAGCACGCUUUACCACUAAGGGACAGUUUAGUUGGGUCAACAUAAGACAGUCUCGUGUCCCAAUUGUUUGUUUAGGUAGCAUGAAUCGUUCCUGUUGAGGUAAAGAGCGGAGUAAUUGAAGGAAUGAAUCCAAGCCUCACACUUAUCACCUGUGGAAGGCGGGGCUUCCAGCGAUGGCACAGAUUUAAUUUGCCUUGUACCUGCAUCUGAUGGUCAUGGUGCUUCCAAGACAACUGGGAACUCAAAAAAACCCAGGUCAAAUCAUGACGUUGGUGAUCUUCAGGUCGGAAAGUCGGAGCUCUAGAAAGAUGCUGUAACACUCUGGCUCUAUGGACGUUGAUUUUGAGCCAGGGUUGUUCAUUUUUCUUUUGGGUGUAUUUCAUUUGGUGGUGUUGGGUAGGGGUGAGUUUCAUUUGUUUGUGUUUUUGGUAAUUUGGUUAAUGACUCCCAAUCGGAGGUAACGAGUGUCAGCUGUUCGGCUCGUUAUCUCUGAUUGGGAGCCAUAUUUAUUCUGUGUGUUUUCACCUUGUGGUUGUGGGUUAUUGUUUCUUUGUUGCUGUUAGUCUUAUUCAGUAUAGAACUUCACGUAUCGUCUUUUGUUGUUUUUUCGUGGUUGCUUUAUAAUAAAGUCAUUAUGUUCACUCGCAACGCUGCGCAUUGGUCCAAUCCUUCAGACGGUCGUGACAGAAUAACCCACCACAAGAGGACCAAGCGGCGUAACAAGCGGCAACAGGACCUACCUACGCAGGAUGUAUGGACGCCUCCUAAGGAUUUUUGGACUUGGGAGGAGAUUCGGGCUGGAAAGGGUCCUUGGGCACAACCGGAGGAAGAUCACCGCCCUCGUGAAGAGCUGGAGGCAGCUGCAGCCGAGAGGAGGUGGUACGAAGAGGAAGCGCGGAGUCGAGGCUGGGAGCCCGUGGUUACUCCCCAAAAAAUUUUUGGGGGGGGGCACAUGGCUUGGGCGCCUGGGCAGCAGGAGGCUGCCACGGGUAGAGCUGGAGAGAAGGCUAUCGGAUUACGGGAGCCAUUGGCGAGUAGAGGGAGGGAAGUUGUUGUGGCACGGCAUGAGAGACUGAAGUGUGUUCCCAGUCUGGUCCGGUCCGUUCUUGAUCCCCAGUUAAGGCCAGUGGUGGGUGUUCCCGGUACGGGCCGGUCUGUUCCUACUCCACGCACCAGGUCCACGAUGUGCGUCGCCAGCCGGCCAGAGUCUGCCGUCUGCCCUAGGGCAUCUGAACUGCCCGUCUGCCAAGCGCUGCAUAAGCCGCCCGUCUGUACUGAGCUUGCAAAGCCGUCCGUCUGCCAUGAGCCUGCAGAGCCGUCCGCCAGACAGAAUCAGACACCUGCUAUGGAAUCAGCAGGAGCCGACGCAGCCCAUACUAGACUGGAAGCUCAGGUUCGGAACCAGAAAGAGCAGAUCCUGCAGAUGGGAGCCGCCCUGCUGGAGGUGAUGACUGCUAUCCGAGGCUGGGGUCCGCCUCCACCGCCAGCCUCCCAGCCAGCACCAUCAGCCAGCCAUGAGCAGCCAGAUCUGUCAGCCAGCCAUGAGCAGCCAGACCCGUCAGCCAGCCAUGAGCAGCCAGAUCCGUCAGCCAGCCAUGAGCAGCCAGACCCGUCAGCCAGCCAUGAGCAGCCAGACCCGUCAGCCAGCCAUGAGCAGCCAGAUCCGUCAGCCAGCCAUGAGCAGCCAGAUCCGUCAGCCAGCCAUGAGCAGCCAGACCCGUCAGCCAGCCAUGAGCAGCCAGAUCCGUCAGCCAGCCAUGAGCAGCCAGAUCCGUCAGCCAGCCAUGAGCAGCCAGAUCCGUCAGCCAGCCAUGAGCAGCCAGAUCCGUCAGCCAGCCAUGAGCAGCCCCCCAGCCAUUGAGCAGCCAUCCGUCAGCCAGCCAUGAGCAGCCAGACCCGUCAGCCAGCCAGGAUCCGCCGAGCGUGUCCAGCCCAUGGAUCCGCCAGAGCCGGUCCAGCCCGGGAUCCGCCAUGAGCCCGUCCCGCCAGAGAUCCGCCAGAAGCCGUCCAGCCAGGAUCAGCCAGAGCCGGCCAGCCAGGAUCCGACCAGAGCCGGUCAGCCCGGAUCGCCACAGAGCCGUCCCAGCCAGGAUUCCGCCAGAGCCGUCCCAGCCAGGAUCAGCCAGAGCCGGCCAAGCCAGGAUCCGGCCAGAAGACGGUCCAGCUCCGGAUCCGCCAGAGCCGGUCCCGCCAGGAUCCGCCAGAGCCGUCCAGCCUGGAUCCGCCAGAGCCGUCCAGCCUGGAUCCGCCAGAGCCGUCCCGCCAGGAUCCGCCAGAGCCGUCCACCAGGAUCCGCCAGAGCCGUCCAGCCAGGAUCCGCCAGAGCCGGCCCGCCAGGAUCCGCCAGAGCCGUCCCGCCAGGAUCCGCCAGAGCCGUCCAGCCUGGAUCCGCCAGAGCCGUCCCGCCAGGAUCCGCCAGAGACGUCCCGCCAGGAUCCGCCAGAGCCGUCCCGCCAGGAUCCGCCAGAGCCAGCCAGCCAGGAUCCGCCAUCUAGUCAGGUGCUGCCCCUUAGCCCGGUGCUGCCCUUUAGCCCGGUGCUGCCCCUUAGUCCGGUGCUGCCCCUGAGUCCGGUGCCGCCCCUUAGCCCGGUGCUGCCCCGUAGUCCGGUACUGCCCCUUAGUCCGGUGCUGCCCCUUAGUCCGGUGCUGCCCUUUAGCCCGGUGCUGCCCCGUAGUCCGGUGCUGCCCCUUGUCCCGGUGCUGCCCCUUAUCCCGGUGCUGCCCCUUAUCCCGGUGCUGCCCCUUAGGCCGAUGCUGCCCCUUAGUCCGGGGUUGCCCCUUAGUCCAGGUGGGGUUAGGUGGAGGGUGGUCAUUGGGAGGAGGCUACCGAAGCAGGUUGUGACUGUGGUGGGGUGGGGAUCACGACCGGGGCCAGAGCCACCACCAUGGACAGACGCCCACCCAGACCCUCCCCUAGUCCUGAUGUUGGUGCGCCCGGAGUUCGCACCUUUAGGGGGGGGUACUGUAACACUCUGGCUCUAUGGACGUUGAUUUUGAGCCAGGGUUGUUCAUUUUUCUUUUGGGUGUAUUUCAUUUGGUGGUGUUGGGUAGGGGUGAGUUUCAUUUGUUUGUGUUUUUGGUAAUUUGGUUAAUGACUCCCAAUCGGAGGUAACGAGUGUCAGCUGUUCGGCUCGUUAUCUCUGAUUGGGAGCCAUAUUUAUUCUGUGUGUUUUCACCUUGUGGUUGUGGGUUAUUGUUUCUUUGUUGCUGUUAGUCUUAUUCAGUAUAGAACUUCACGUAUCGUCUUUUGUUGUUUUUUCGUGGUUGCUUUAUAAUAAAGUCAUUAUGUUCACUCGCAACGCUGCGCAUUGGUCCAAUCCUUCAGACGGUCGUGACAGAUGCCAGAGUUUCCGACUUGGAAUUCCGAGUUGGAUGACUGUUCAAAAACGUUUUUUUCCCAGUCGGGUCGUGUUUUCUUUCGAGUUCCUAGUUGUCUUGAACGCACUGAAGUCGGAAGUGUGAGAUUUCCGAGUUCCCAGUUGUUUUGAACACGGCAUUAGUCUCAGCAGAGGGAGGGAGCCUCUCAUGGUCCCUGCUCUCUCCUUGCUUUCUUCCGGUGAGACUGGCCUGAGAGAGGGGACACCGUCUUCCACCUGAUGGCAAAACUCGAGUCGCACUGCAUCUGCCUCAUGCACAAAGUCAUGCUGUUUCUAUGACCAGAGACAGUGAACUAUUCCUCAAUAUUAAAAUAGACAGGACGAGCUGCUAAUGAUAAUACAAAUGCAGGGCUGUCGAUACACUCGGCUCCUUAUUCAGUGCAGCUGCAGCGUGAGUGGAAGUACGGAGAAGCGCGUUUUGUGUUUUGUAAUGGUGUUGAAUAAAAACAGUGUGGACAGCGCUGAAUAAGAACAUGAACUCACUCAUAAAAACAGCAGCUCUUUGCUGUAUUCUUUGACAGUCUCUCUGUGGUCAUGGUUUUAAAAGUGAUUUUAAAGGCUGGUAUCAAACUUUGCUGAGGCCGGGGUCGUGGAAGCUCUGUAGGCAUGGUGAUUUGAGCUAUCCGAUUGGCCAGCGCAGUAGGCGCACUCGAUUUAGCCACAGGUCUCCAGGUCCGCCGGGUAGGUGGAGUUUCUCUUUUCAGACAAAUUAAAUGGUUCAAAAUGGGAACACUUUGCUUACCCAGUGCGCAGGACUUCUGAAUCUACCGCCAACAGCGUAUCACAAAACAAAAACAAAGGAGUGCAAGCCUUUAUGGUUGACUUUUCUACAGACAUGUUUGGUGAUCGACUAGGAAUACCUUGGCGACCGACCGGUCAGCGUCCUACAGGUCUCCUACAUGUUACAUGCCUUGUGUCUGGUUCUCCUACAUGUUACAUGUCCUGUGUCUGGUUCUCCUACAUGUUACAUGUCCUGUGUCUGGUUCUCCUACAUGUCACAUGUCCUGUGUCUGGUUCUCCUACAUGUUACAUGUCCUGUGUCUGGUUCUCCUACAUGUUACAUGUCCUGUGUCUGGUUCUCCUACAUGUUACAUGUCCUGUGUCUGGUUCUCCUACAUGUUACAUGUCCUGUGUCUGGUUCUCCUACAUGUUACAUGUCCUGUGUCUUGGUUUCCUACAUGUUACAUGUCCUGUGUCUGGUUCUCCUACAGUUACAUGUCCUGUGUCUGGUUCUCCUACAGUACAUGUCCCGUGUUCUGGUUUUCCUACAUGUUACAUGUCUGUGUCUGGUUUCUCCUACAUGUUACAUGUUUCCCGUGUCUGGUUUCCUAAUGUUACAUGUCCUGUGUCUGGUUCUCCUACAUGUUCAUGUCCUGUGUCGGGUUUUACUAAAUGUUACAUGUCCUGUGUCUGGUUCUCCUAAGGUUUCAUGUCUGUGUUGGUUCUCCUAAUGUUACAUGUCCUGUGUUGGUUUUUCCUACAUGUUACAUGUCCGUGUCUGGUUCUCCUACAUGUUACAUGUCCUGUGUCUGGGUUCUCCUACAUGUUACAUGUCCUUUUGUCUGGUUCUCCUACAUGGUACAUGUCCUGUGUCUGGGUUCUCCUACAUGUUACAUGUCCUGGUCUGGUUCUCCUACAUGUUACAUGUCCGUGUCUGGUUCCUACAUUUACAUGUCCUGUGUCUGGUUCUCCUACAUGUUACAUGUCCUGUGUCUGGUUCUCCUACAUGUUACAUGUCCUGUGUCUGGUUCUCCUACAUGUUACAUGUCCUGUGUCUGGUUCUCCUACAUGUUGCAUGUCCUGUGUCUGGUUCUCCUACAUGUUACAUGUCCUGUGUCUGGUUCUCCUACAUGUUGCAUGUCCUGUGUCUGGUUCUCCUACAUUUACAGUCCUUGGUCUGGUUCUCCUACAUGUUACAUGUCCGUGUCUGGUUUUCCCACAUGUUACAUGUCCUGUGUCUGGUUCUCCUACAUGUUACAUGUCCUGUGUCUGGUUCUCCUACAUGUUACAUGUCCUGUGUCUGGUUCUCCUACAUGUUACAUGUCCUGUGUCCGGUGCAACAACUUAUGGAGGUCUGAUUGAUACUCAAACAUGUUUAUGGAGGUCUGAUUGAUACUUAAACAUUUUGUGUGCCAGUUCCCCUGAAAUUGUUUACAGAACUCUGAAUACUUUGGUAUUCAAUAUGGCCCAAUGGAGGUCUGUUCUAUUCUAUUUGUUGAUCUAACACCCUUUCUGUUUGUCUAUCUCUCCAGACUCUGGAUGGCCAGAACAUCUAUAAUGCGUGCUGCACUCUGCGUGUGGAGUUCUCCAAGCUGACCAGCCUGAAUGUGAAGUACAACAACGACAAGAGCCGAGACUUCACCCGCCUGGACCUUCCCUCUGGAGACGGACAGCCCACCAUGGACCCUGCCUUGACCGCCGCCUUCGGUGAGACCAAACACACUGAUUACUAA